AUGGCCACCGCGGUCGCCACCGCCCCAACGGUGACUUCGGAGACGAACAAUCUCCUGGCCAACUAUGUUCCCGUCUACGUCAUGCUCCCGGUAAUCCCCUCCUCCUCCUCCUCCUCCUCCUCCUCCUCCUCCGCUUCCUUGUAGCCCGAUGAAGAUGACGCAGUGGGAUCUCUCUGUGCAGCUGGGAGUCGUCAACUACGACAACGUGCUGGAGAACGCGGAUGAUCUCCGGGCCAAUCUCAAGAAGCUCAAGGAGGCCGGUGUGGACGGCAUCAUGGUGGACGUGUGGUGGGGCAUCAUCGAGAAGAAUGGCCCCAAGCAGUACGAGUGGGGCCCUUACAUGAGCCUGUUCGAGCUCGUCGUCGAGGUGGGGCUCAAGAUCCAGGCCAUCAUGUCCUUCCACCAGUGCGGCGGCAACGUCGGAGACGCAGUCAACAUUCCCCUGCCGCCAUGGGUGACCGCCGUCGCCGAUUCAAACCCUGAUAUCUUCUACACCAACCGGCGGGGAACGAGGAACCCCGAGUACCUCACCAUUGGAGUCGACAACGAGCGCCUCUUCCAUGGCCGCACCCCAGUGGAGGUCAGUUCAUAGGAUCUACAGAGGUGGCCGCCGUUUGGAUCUCCUCAACGGUUUCACGUGUUUUCCUGUGAACAGAUGUACAGGGACUUCAUGGUCAGCUUCAGGGAGGCCGCGAAGAGCUACCUGAUUGCCGGGAAGAUAUCAGACGUAGAGGUGGGGCUCGGCCCUGCCGGGGAGCUGAGGUUCCCCUCGUACCCGCAGAGCCAGGAGUGGGUUUUCCCCGGCAUCGGCGAGUUCCAGGUAGAGAGACCUCGUACAGAGCAUUCUAUCACCUCUUCUUGGACCCUUUAAUGGCCUAUAUUCCACGAACACUCGUAAUAAAAAAUAAUCAUACAUUUAAUUAUCCUACGGCCCUCGAACCCAGUAAUUAUUAAUCAUAUUUAGCAUCUCGCCCCUCUCGAGAAAGAAUUUUUUUACGAGUAAUUUCGCGUAUUUCGAGAACCCGUCUCCGAAACUGGGGUCAGUCCAAGCCGUUUGACCUCCAUGGUCGACUGAAUCACAGUGCUAUGACAAAUACCUGGUCGAGCAAUUCGCCGUGGCGGCGAGGAAGCACGGUCAACCCAAGUGGCAACUCCCCGCGAACGCCGGGGAAUACAACGACACGCCCUCGGACACGGAGUUCUUCACCACCGAAUAUGAGUCGGCGUACGGCAAGUUCUUCUUGGCCUGGUACUCCAACUUGCUGCUACAGCACGCCGACCAGGUUCUUGAAGAAGCCACGAAGAUCUUCCUGGGCCUGAAGGUCAAGCUGGCGGCGAAGGUAUGGGACCCCCAGCCAUGAUCACCCCCAAGAUUUCGUCUAUAUUGUGCGAGAGGAUGUCCCUCGCUGACUUGACCUGAGUCAACGGAUGGGCAGGUCUCCGGGAUCCACUGGUGGUACAGGGACGCCAGUCACGCCGCCGAGCUCACCGCCGGAUACUACAACCUGACCGACCGGAACGGCUACGGCCCGAUCGCGAGGGUGCUGAAGAGGCACGAAGCCAUCCUUAACUUCACCUGUGUCGAGAUGAGGAACACCGAGCAGAGCGACAGCGCCAUGAGCGCGCCAGAGCAGCUGGUGCAGCAGGUGAGGCUGCUCGGCAUGAUCUCUCUCUCUCUCUCUCUCUCUCCCCCUUUCUUCCGAGUUAGGGUUAUGAGGAUGGUGAUGAUUAUAGGUGCUGAGCGCCGGCUGGAGAGAGGGGAUCGAGGUGGCUGCGGAGAACGCGCUCAACAGAUACGAUAAGUACGCGUACAACCAGAUACUGAAGAACGCGAGGCCGAACGGCGUCAACAAGAACGGCCGGCCGAAGCUGAGGAUCUUGGCGAUGACCUACCUGCGUCUGACCGACGAUCUCAUGGAGACCGACAAUCUCGCACUCUUCACGAUCUUCGUGAAGAAUAUGCAUGCCGGCCUGGUAAGUGCCCUCAUUUAACCUUAUAAACCCAGAAUUUGCUAAAUUCCAGCCACUUUCCCAUCGGGAUUAUCACCCAAAUUCUCUAAGAUUGUUCAGUUCAAGACUGCCCAGAUUUCUCUCGAUUUGUUCCAACUUCAGUGCAGGCUCUUCUCCAUCGGGACUGUCACCCAAAUCCUGUGCUAUUCAGAGCAGAAGACCCAGAAUAUGCUCGAAUUAACCUAAAAUUAACCUUUUAUCCAUGAUUACUAUCCCAAAUCCUGCAAUUUUUAGAGCAUAAGAUCCAGAAUUUUCUUCCGACCUCUCUCUCUCUCUCUCUCUCUCCCCCAGAUCUUCUCGAACUGACCCUAACUUCGUGCCGAUUUUCUCUUCUCCAGGACUACCACUCGAACGCGCAGGAUUUCUACAGCCCGGUAAAGCCAUUGGCACCUUCUAAGCCGAGGAUGACGAUCGACUACAUCCUGGAGGCGACCAAGCCGGUGGAUCCCUACCCGUUCGACGAGAAGACGGACAUGCCCGUGGCUGAAGAGUGA